AAUAUCGCCUGAGUUCGCAGUUUGAUGCAUACCAGCUGAAAGAGCUGAAAGAACGAUAAUUCUUUGAAUAAUGGCACAGCGUCUGUAUUUCCGAAAGCAUGGAAGGCCUCCCAGCUCAUGAUUGUGGCCAUGAGCAAGACCUGACCGACAGAGAUUCGGCUUGAGGCACGGCGAUCUUUUACUUGCCAACAUUGAAAGAGAUAUAGAGCAACCAGUUCCACCCAGCACUAGCUCCGAGGACGAGGAUGGUUGUCAGCUCCUUUACUUGGAGCCGGCAAGAUUUCGCCACAGAUGACUGGUCAGAAACGCGGCUGAGAAUUUUCUGGUCGCAUGUCAAGACGAUUGAUUCUCCGGUGGACGUGGCUUGCCCGAUACGGAAUACAAGGAGAUCCCGAUCCUCAUUGUGAGCGGCUGCGUCCAGGCCUCGUCGGCCAGCUCCCCAAACCAUCUACGGAUGCGUUCCGCAAGUCCAUUAAAUUGUUCCGCGACAGAUACAACUCGAAGAUCGCCAAAUUUCGCGAAAGCAACCCAGCAACGCCCCUCAGGGAUGUGCAAGACGAGGGAUGGCUCUACGUCCGUCCCUUCAGCCGUGAUAAGGGCGUUGGUAGUGUCAAGACACUCAACGAGAACCUCCACACCCGAGGUGCCGUUGUGGAGGAUGACUCCGACGACGACGAAGCCAGAUAUUGGAGAGUAAGGCCGUGUGUCUUCGCCUGUGGAAGUACGACCCACCUGCGUCUAGCAGUACGGUCGACAUUAGAGAACUCUGGCCACAGCACCAAUACGACUCACGACAAAUUUCACUACAACAUCCGAAAUACUACCUAGCAUUGCCAUUCUCGGCUUGACUACACGCUCUAUUUGCAUCUAUUCGCAUACCGCAUACCCACGACUACUUUUGUUCUAUUCUACUUGCAUCACCACAAAACAAAUACCGAACCUCUACUUGGCUACGAAAGAUAUGCUCCUAUCUAAUAGACUCUUUGCGAGAGCCAUACAAUAAUGUUACCAAGCACGAAACUGGACAUGGGAAGCAUGCUGCCGGAUGUUGUUAGCAUGCCCGGAGACAGGCCUACGAGCUGAAAACUUCCGUGACCUUCCAGAAUUGGGAUGCUUUUCGAAGAGUGGCCUUAGUCAUCUACACAUGGCUUCAGCAGACCACUUGUGAGGAUGCCAGGAGCAAUGAUAAUGACCGC